AUGCUUGGCUCUGACAACCUGAACAGACUGAAACGACUGCAGGAAAGAUUUGUGGCCCCUCAAAGUGUUGGAGGCCCAUGCCCUCCACCUUCUUUUCCUGGGUACCAGGAAUUUUUCAGAGACUUCAUACUCAGUGCAGGAAACUACCAGUUUAAUCAGCACCUAAUGGACAGUCUGUGUCAGGAAAUACAAGAGCUGGAUGCCCUUUCCAUUGUGGGGCAUGAGACUACAGAUGGUGAAUCAGAUAUGGAUGAGCAAGAUGAAAAAAUCCGAUUUGCCUCAGUUCUCCUAACUCUUCGGCUCUUGGCAAAGUUCCUGGGAUUUUUGACAUUUUUACCUUAUAGAACUACAGAAUCUCUUACUGGGGAAUUACAAGAGUCUGCAGUUGCUGUACGAAACCAGACUCUUCCUAUGUUAGAUGUGCUGCAGUUACUCAGACGGUCCAUACAGGACCAUCGUACAGUGCUAACUGUUCCAUGGGCAGUAGAGUAUCUUUCAUUGAUGGAUGGUGUUGCUCCAUAUCUGGAAUAUUACAGAAAUGUAUUUUGUCACUUGCUACACCUGUACAGAUACAAGCUGAUCCUGACUGAUGAGAAGGAGAUGGGGUUAUUAAACAAACUGCUGAUUCUUGCUGUUCUGGGCUGGCUCUUCCAGGUGCCAACAGUACCAGAAGAAAUGUUCUUCAACAAUGAAACUGUCAAAGAUGAGAUUUCAGUAGGAACUGUUGUAAUAGCACAAGCUCUGGAUUGUGUGCCUCUGGUGGAUCAGCAACUAUUGUACAACUGUUGUCCUUACCUUGGAGAAUUGCGAAAAUUGCUUGUUUCAUUUGUGGCUGGCUCUGGAGGCAAAAAUGGAGGUUUUAUAAGGAAAAUCACUCCUACUGCAGCAGAACCGCUGAUGCCAAAACUAACUUUGUCACAAAAAAAAGCUGCAGGCUGAGCUGGAACAAGCAUUCUUCCAUAAUCAGCCUCCCUCACUUCGGAGAUCUGUGGAGUUUGUGGCUGAACGGAUUGGAUCUAACUGUGUUAAGCAUAUCAAGGCUACACUGGUGGCAGACCUAGUGAAGACAGCUGAAAUUAUUCUGAAGGACAAAGUGACAGAGGACAGUGCAGGUCACAGCAUGCUGCUGGACGGCGUUUGUGCCAGGCUCUGUGAGGAUGGACGGCAGGCUCUGCAGCAAGGACAACAAUACUGCAAGAAAAAGGCUCCUGAGGCUGUCAGAGUGCUUCUUCCUGAGGAGACGUCUGCUUUUGUCCUGAAGAGUGCAGAAGACAUUGCAGUAUCCCUGGCAAUAGAAAAGGCUUGCACUUGGUUAAGCACCAACAUUUCAGCGCUUAUCAAAAGAGAGGUGAAGGCCACUUUUAUUCGUAUGGUGAAGUCACAUAAUAUGACAUCAUCCUUUGUGGACAGUGCAGAUGUAAAGAAGGAAUGUUGUGAUGAUUGUGAGCACAAAGUCACUCUCCCCUCCAGACUCCUUAGUGAAAUCAAGGAGUUUCUCUGUAUUUCAAUUGGGCCACGGGAUGGUGAUGAAGGAUUGGAAUUAGCAAAACUGAAGAGUUUUUUUGAGCGUCUUUCUCAGACUCUGAAUUGCAAGAAGUAUAUAACCCUUCCAGCAGAACACCACCUUGCAAGGUGUACUGUGGAGCUGGUUUCCCUUCUAGUGUCUGAUCAAGUUCCAUUGGUGGAUUUCGCUUCCUCUGAGCUACGCAACUUUCUUGAAAUUCAUCGUAAGAAGAGGGAGGCAACCGGUCAGCUCCUGUUGUCAGUGCUCACAAUCUGGAAGAAGGAUUUUUCAGUCCCUGUACCCAUACAGUUGAUAUUUAGCCACAAAAAUAUGAAGUAUUUUAUGGAUGUCCAUAAACAGGAGCAGUGGGAAUUGUUUGCCGCCUUAGUGCAACAAUUGCUUGAGUUUGGCCUUAUACAGCACGAUGAUCUCGAAAAACACGUAUGCAGCCUCCAGAAGUACAAGUGGCCUUUGGAUCUGUUGUCUGAGCUGGACCAGUUAGCACUUGGCUCAGAAAACUACAGAAAGCCAAAAGACUCAACAGGUAUACUUGUACCACAGACAGGGGCUGAAAUAAUUGCCCCUAGUUAG